AUGGCUCGACUAUUCUGGAAUCUAAAGGAGAUGGACGACUCUAUCCUAAACCUUUACGCCCUGAAUUCGUUCACUGACUCUCAGAAACCUCUCAGAAAGUACCUGUUUCAGAGUCCGAAAUUGCUGCAUGAUUCUACCGUAAGACCAUCCCGACCUCAGGACCUUGUUCAUGUCAAAACAGAACUAGCGCAAACGAUACGGAGUUUAAUAUGGCAAAGACCAGGCUGCAAAUUGUACUCGCUAGUGAUCCUGUCCAUGCGAGACUCGUAUACCACGCGGCAUCCAUCAUGGCAAUUUCUAGAGUGCACAGUCAACACCCCAUGCGAGAUAACGAGGGAUUUUGACGCUUAUGCAUAUGUUAUUGCAUUUGUCAAAUUCGGCUCAGGAAAGAGGAAGACACCUGUCAAUCCUAGCACUCCCGUUAUGGCCAGCGGCACUUUUGCCAAUGAAGCCAGCGAAAGUGAAGGUUCCGUCAGGCUCGACCGUAUUCCUUGGUCUCGUACAGCCGCGCAGAAUAAUGCAGUUGAAAUCUGGAUCAGCAAUAAUUGUGGCUAUCCUUCCAUUGAUGAUGCAUACGACAUCUACGAAGCAGGCGGCUAUGCAAAACUCAAGACCAUUGCCCUUUAG